AUUUCAAUUUCUUCUUGGGUAAAUAUGAGUAUGAUUUGAAUGGACGACCAGCACAAGUAUUCAAUGUACCGGAAAGCAUUGCCUCGAAGGGCAAUCAACGAGUGCGAGCAAUUAUGAUGAGGGUGCUGAAUAAUCAUGAGAAUCCGAAGUUUACCUGUUUAUAUAGAUUGCAGGUGCAUGGUGUGUUGCCUUCUUAG